AUGAAAAGAAUGAUUUAAUCCAAGAAUAGACUAAAUUUUUAGAUUAACAAAGAUUCAGAACUUAAAUUUAAACUAGAUAAGUUACUUUAGGAAUUAGCUAAGAAAAAAUAAUUAAUAAAUGAAUAAGAAUUAGAGAAAUUGAGUCUAACCAAUAGAAUGAAAUAGUUUAUUUGAAGAAAAAAUAACUUAUUAUUAAAAAUGAAGUUGAAACUUGGAAAAAGAGAUUAUAGUUUUAAAUAAAGAUUAUCAUAAAACUUAAGGAGAUUUAAUAAUAGUUCAAGCUGAGGUUGAUGCAUUUAAGCAAAGAGGAAAUGCAAAAGUAAUUAAAGCAAUUAUUUAUGUUUUUAAUCUAAAAGUUUUGAGGUUAUUAAAGUAAACUUAUAUAAGGAGAAUAUUUUAAAUACUAAAUAAAGUUAAGUCAGUUAAUUCAGUCAACUUAUUGUUACACCUUUAAAGGAAGUUAAUAUUUGA